CCUCACAACAAUAAUACUAAUAAUCUCCUCAUUUCUCUUGCUUACUCUCUCCCUACCCUUCAUUGUUGGCGGCACACAAUCAAGAAAAUAAAAAGCCCUAGAAAAAAAACCCUUUUCUCUCUGCAAAAAAAGAUUUUAAGCACAAAAUCCAAUCUUUUUAAAGGCCUUUAUCAAGUAUCUUUAUGCUGUCUUGUUUAAUGAGAUAGGAACGGAGCACGAAAAGGAAUUGGGCAUCAAGUAUUCUGGUCAGGUCUAUGAACUCGGAGAAAACAGGACUCACAUAAUGGAUUAACAAAAAGUGCAGGAUGUUGGCUUGUCAUGAUUUUGCAUCAGAGAUUUUGAUUUUGCACAAAGUUUUACUUCCUUGCUGCUGAUCAUAAGUUGGAGUAAAAUUUGCUUGCUAAUGGAUCGAAAGGAUACUUCAGGAUUCGUAAGCGGGGGUCCGAUGUGCUCUUGUAGACACAUCUAACCCUAGUUUUAACACUAACUUUUCUUAAGCCCGGAAGUCAGGCUGACUGUUCUUUUUCAAUUGAGAUUUGGUUCAAAUAGGAGUUUUUUGUACCAGCUACAUUAGCUUAUGGAUCCCAGAUUCCGCUAUGUGGGGUUUACUGUGAACCCUCAGUUAAAUGCAUUCAAGAAUCUUGGCAAAUCUUAUUGUGCUGAUACCACCUUACGGCUUGAUUCAAUUGGCUCUUCAGUUCCUUCCAUCCCUGCCCCAAAAGGAAUCAAACGGAAAUGGAGCUCAGUUGGUGGAUCUAAUGAUCAGCAAAUCGGUUCAUCUUUGUGUCUACGGUUAGGCCAUUCGUCAAGUUCCUCGGAUAGCAAGGGGAGCUCAGGCGCUGCGUGCACUUCAAUGUCUUCAGCAAGAGAUCAAAAUGAUGAAGGGUCCUCGAUGGACCUUGACUUGGACUUUAGUCUCCAUCUUGGUAACGAGAAGAUUCCAAGCACUAGAAAGUCUGCUCACCCUGAUUCAAAGAAACUCGCCAAAGGGCUUGCAGUUGAUCUGGAACUAAGUCUCUCUAGUGGUGCGGCUGAAUCUGAUGUUACUACUGUUCAUUUGCUCUCCACUUCACCACAAAGUAUCAUGAAGGCGCCACAGGCGAUAGCUGGAGCUUUUCACACUGAGGAAGCAUCAACAGCGAUACAUUGGAAGACUAGCAACAUUUUCCAUCCAUUGCAAACUCCACAGGAAAAUGAGUCUAGUUACUUAUUGAACCAGGCUGCAACAGAAAUCAAGCAAGCUCCAGUCUCAGUCUCACCCGAUUUGUCGUCAAGUAUAAUCACAAAUUCAAAAAGCUCAGUCACCUGUACUUCCGGGUUAACACAACAGCAGCAGCAGCGUAGCAGUAGUACUAAACAAUGUCAGUUCAAGGGAUGUGUAAAAGGAGCAAGAGGUGCUUCCGGCCUUUGCAUUGCCCACGGUGGUGGCCGCAGGUGUCAGAAACUAGGCUGUCACAAGGGAGCCGAGGGUCGGACUGCAUUUUGCAAAGCCCACGGGGGUGGUCGUCGGUGUGAAUUUCUAGGCUGUACAAAGAGUGCGGAAGGACGCACCGACUUUUGCAUUGCUCAUGGAGGCGGACGGCGUUGCAGUCAAGAAGGAUGCAGCCGUGCUGCCAGAGGGAAAUCUGGAUUAUGCAUUCGACAUGGUGGGGGGAAAAGAUGCCAGAAAGAGGGAUGCACCAAAAGUGCAGAAGGACUUUCUGGUCUCUGCAUUUCACAUGGUGGGGGCCGCCGCUGUCAGUACCCCGAGUGCACUAAAGGAGCUCAAGGAAGUACUAUGUUUUGCAAGGCACAUGGUGGUGGUAAGCGUUGCACCUUUGAAGGUUGCAAUAAGGGGGCAGAAGGGAGCACACCUUUCUGUAAGGGUCAUGGUGGUGGGAAAAGAUGUUCAUUCCAAGGAGGUGGGCGCUGCCCGAAGAGUGUUCAUGGGGGGACUCUCUUCUGCGUGGCCCAUGGCGGCGGGAAAAGAUGUGCUGUGCCAGAGUGUACCAAGAGUGCAAGGGGAAGAACUGAUUUUUGUGUACGUCAUGGUGGUGGAAAAAGAUGCAAAAUCGAAGGCUGUGGGAAAAGUGCUCAGGGAAGCACUGAUUUCUGCAAAGCCCAUGGCGGAGGGAAGAGAUGCUUGUGGGGUCAGCCUGAUUCUGAAUUUGGCCAAGGUGAAGACGGUCCUUGUAACUCAUUCGCUAGAGGGAAGACUGGACUUUGUGCAUCUCAUGGUGCUCUCGUGCAAGACAAACGCGUUCAUGGCGGUGCCACUCUUGGAUCUAUGGUCCUGGAUGUACCACCAACCCAGCCCGAGAAGAUGAAGGGGAUCGUCAACGUGGAAGACAUCUGUUUUGAUGUCAUGAAAAUGCAGAGUAGUCGUAUGACAUCUGACAUGAAAUGUCUUGGAUUUAACCAACCGAAUAUUCCAGUCGGAGACAGCUCAUCAUCAGUUUCUGAAGGAAGGGUGCAUGGAGGAAGUAUAAUGGCAUUGCUGGCAGGCGGAUCUGGCCGUACCUCAAAUAGCACCAAGGGAACAGUUACUGGAACCGAGCCCGGGAGUUCUUUCGCAGUUUCUAAGAAGUGGAUUUAAGAUGUAUAGCCUUGCACCGCUAUGUCUGUCUUUUUCAUUUUAGUUUCUCGACUCUUUUCUUAUCUUAAGUGGGUUUGAAAUGGAACUUCGUACAGUUAAAAUGUAUGUGUCAAUAAGGGGAAACCCACAAAAUUAGCCUUGUGAAGGCUGGGUCAUUGGUCUUUGUACAUAGCUUUUUUCAUGUAACAUUUGGUCAUGUGAAUAUCUCAUGGAGUAUGUGAACUUGUGAUGGUGCACCUUUUAGUAGCUUCUCAUUCUGGAA